AUGUCAGGCCUACGCUUCGAAGACAAGAUCGUCCUCGUGACCGGUGGUUCAUCAGGGCUGGGCGCCGAAGCCAGCCGACAAUUCAUCGACGAAGGAGCACGGAUCUUUGUCAUGGACCUCGCCGAGAAGGGCAUCCUGGGACGCUUGGGCGAGGAGAAGGCGACAUUCUUUCAGGGAAACGUGGGCAAGCCCGAAGACUGCGAGACUGCGAUCCGCACAUGCAUCGACAAGUACGGCCGACUGGACAUCCUGUUCCACAACGCCGCGCAGCCUACGCCUAUGACCACGGUGCCGUUCCACGACCUGGCCAAGUUCCAGGAGAUCAUCAACACGAACCUGUGCUCGCUGUUCUACCUGGCGCGCAUCGCGAUCCCGCAGAUGCAGAAGCAGGGCAAAGGCGUCAUCGUCGUCACCGCCAGCACCUCCGCCUUGGGCGGCGAGUACGGCAUGGCCAGCUACGCCGCCUCCAAGGCCGGCCUGCUCAACCUCAUGCGCACCAUGGCCAUCGACCACGCCAGAGACAACGUCCGCAUCAACGCCAUCUGUCCCGGAUACAUGCCCACGCCCAUGACCGAGGGCCUGGGCGACCUGAUCAAUGUCGUCCAGGAAAGCAUCCCGCAAGGAAGGGGCGGCGACCCCAAGGAGGUCGCCCGUGCUGCCUUGUUCCUGGCUUCCGAGGACGCCAGCUACAUGACAGGACAUGCCCUCGUCGUCGAUGGCGGCUGGUCCGCCCAUUCCGGCGCCCCGAACCUCUUGAAAUAUGUCCCGCAGCAGGUAAGUCGUCAAUAG